CCACCCACAGCUCAUUCUGCAUAACCCAACAAACCAAGCAACACAAAUCCGAUUCAUUCCCCUCCCAAGCUCCAAUCCCGCGAAUUCUCAAGCGUGGUCGUCAUCAUCAUCACCCAGCAUGAUCCGUUUCAUCCUGUUGCAGAAUCGGCAGGGGAAGACGCGGCUGGCCAAGUACUACGUCCCGCUCGAGGACUCAGAGAAGCACAAGGUUGAGUAUGAGGUGCAUCGGCUGGUCGUCAACAGGGACCCCAAGUUCACUAACUUCGUUGAGUUCCGUACGCACAAAGUUAUCUACAGGAGAUAUGCAGGACUAUUUUUCUCAAUAUGUGUAGAUAUCACGGAUAAUGAUUUGGUAUACUUGGAAUGUAUCCACUUAUUUGUGGAGAUAUUGGACCAUUUCUUCAGCAACGUGUGUGAACUUGAUUUAGUAUUUAACUUCCACAAGGUUUACUUGAUAUUGGAUGAGUUUAUUCUCGCUGGAGAGCUGCAAGAAACAAGCAAAAAGAUCGGUUUGCGCCGCCCGCAGUCGUCCGUCGUCUACAACACUUCUACUUCAUCGACAUCUUCAUGGUCUCGUGCUAAAAAGUGCCCCGGGCUCCAUGCAUGUCGCGUGAGCGUCCUGGUAUGGCAGCGGCGCCCAUCAUCUGCCCAGAUCAGCUGCAUCACGGCGUCCCCGGCUGAUCGUCAUCGCAUCAGCUACGGCGGCCGCUCGCACCAUCAUGUGCGCCUUGUGGCUUUGUUGCUAGCACGUCAAGUUGUGCAUGAUGACUCGCGUCAUGGCCUGGACAACCACACGUGUUGCAUUGUGUGCUGGUGUACGUUGCAGCCCGACGUGUACGUGUUUUCGUUCGGCCGCAUGAGUCCGUGAAGAUCGUUCCCAGUACACAUGUCUCUACAUCGAUCGAGCAACGGGUUGUAGCUGCAUCAUCCCUUUGACUGCAAUGUCGCCGUCCCAUGGUUCUUUCCAUGGCUGCAUCGACCCUCGUGCUCAUUGUAUUUCUAUAUAUAUGCCCAUGAGGCUUAAGCAAUAACAUCGAUUCCACCAA